GUGCUGAAAUAGUAUUAAUACAGGAGUAAACCAUUGAAGUUCUGUCAUUAAAUAUGAGUAAACAUAAGCUUUAUGUGCACUCUGCACGCCAAAUAGUUCAAGUUGUGUCUGAUGGAAAGAGGGUCCGGAAUGGUGCUGAAAUGAAGACGCUGGAUGUCUUAGAAGACUUGAAUAAUGAACAAGCUGGAUACAGUAUACUUGUGAGCAGAGACGGUUGCAUUGUAGAUAUCGGAUUGGACUCAGACGUUAGGCGUCGUAACCCUGACGUCACCGCCGAUGACGUGAUUGACGCCUCGGGAAAAUCUAUCAUACCAGGUUUGGUAGAUGCCCAUACUCACCCAGUCUGGGCGGGAGAUCGGGUUCACGAGUUUGCCAUGAAGCUUGCGGGGGCGACGUACAUGGACGUUCACAAAGCCGGCGGAGGGAUACACUACACGGUGGACCACACGCAGAAAGCCUCUGGACAGGAGCUUUUUUCUUCCCUGCGGAGCCGGUUGGAGGCAAUGCGGAGGGCGGGAAGCACACUGGUGGAGUGCAAGAGCGGAUAUGGCCUCGAUCUCGAGACAGAAAUGAAAAUGUUGGAAGUAAUUGACCGCGCGAGACAUGAACUUUCCAUUGGGGUCUCGUCGACAUAUUGCGGCGCUCACGCCGUUCCUAAAAAUAAAACCGCCGAGGAAGCUACAAACGACAUCUUGGACCAACACAUACCAGAAAUACAUCGACGUGUUGAGGACGGCACUCUUCGUGUGGACAACAUUGACGUUUUUUGCGAACGUGGCGUGUUUAACGUCGACCAGUCACGCCUCAUUUUAACGGCGGGCAAAGCUCUUGGAAUGAAUGUCAAUUUUCACGGAGACGAACUUCAUCCAACGGGAUCCGCAGAGAUGGGUGCGGAGCUCGGUGCCCUGGCCAUUAGCCACCUAGAAGAGAUAUCAGACAAGGGCAUCGACGCCAUGUCGACGGCCGGAAGUGUGGGUGUGGUACUGCCGACGACCGCUUAUAUCCUGAGACUGCGGCCACCGCCGGUGCGCAACAUGAUCGACGCAGGCAUGGCGGUGGCGCUGGGAUCGGACUUCAACCCGAACGCAUACUGCCUUGCAAUGCCAAUGGUGAUGCAUCUCGCCUGUGUUCUGUUACACAUAAGCAUGCCGGAAGCUCUGAACGCCGCCACUAUCAACGCCGCGCAUGCGCUUGGCGUCUCCGACAUGCAUGGAUCACUCGAGGUCGGAAAAUACGGCAACCUGGUCAUACUAGACUCCGACAAGUGGGAAAACCUAAUCUACAUGUUUGGAUGUUUCCAAGACGUAAUCCAACACGUCGUAUAUAAAGGAAACAUUGUACACAGCCGAAACUAGAUCGUCCUCGCCGCAUAAAUGGCAAUCGAGUUUCGCUAAUACUAUUGGAAUAAUAGCUUUGCUAUCUAUUCGUUAGAUGUACAACCGAUUUGUUUUGGCAUCUUCAACAAUAAACUU